AUCGACUAGAUCCCCAUUUCUAUAAGUUCUUCAAAACAUAUUCCUUCAACAUAGAAAACGAUGUCUUUCACUCAAAUUCCGCGAAAGAGAGCAAGAAAGAAAAAAUCUCUGAAAGAGGCUGAUCAUACGACCUUGGUCGAUACCAAGUACUCUCCAUGGAAUAUUCAUUUGAGCAAGAUGUUGGCAUGAAAUUGCAGCGGUGAAGGACGAGUGGAAUCUAUAUGGAUACUACCUCGACCUCGAUCCUUCACGUUGUUAUUAAUUAAAUACAUAGUCACAGUCUCAUUGUAGACUAUGUAUCAAAUAAUACCGUGAAUGCAGAUUCAGGAAUAAAUUAAAAUAUUUAUUUAGUUCUAUUGGUUGUUUAAAAUAUUUAAUUUAAUUUGUAUGCAUGCUGAUAACUGAAAUUUGUAAUAACUUGAGAAAAGUAGUGAUGUCUUUAAGAAUUGAUUAUUCCUUUUCAGUGAAGGAGAUUUUUGUAAUAUAUAUGCUAAACAUAUAUCAUAAUUUUGUUAUAUAUUUGUUCCUUGCCAUUGUCAUUUUUAAUCGGAAAGUGUAACUAAAGGGUUAUGCUAAAUAAAUGGGAUAAUGAAAUGAGUAAAAAAUACCUUUAGAAUUGGUUAGUCACAAUCUGGUGGAAGCAUAUUGAGAAAAUUACAUUGACCAGUCCUAAAGCAAAGGAGACUAAAAGAAACCGAAGAUGUUAUUAGUUCCUGAAGCUUCCCGGUAGGCACCUAAGAUGAAUAAUCACAGGAGGAUGGCUAUCUUAUAUAGAUAAUCAAAAACCAGCUUCUCAUAAUCUCACCAAAUGUUGAAAAAAUUGAGUAGAUUUGUGAAUCAAAAGGUCAUUGGAGUCUUGGGCGUGCAUUGUACAGAGAGAAAGAGGCGACUCAGUCCUGAGAUGGCACGAGGAAAUGAUCUUCGAUAAAGAGAGAGAGAGAGAGAGAGCAAGUGACUAGCUACCGUGAUGGUAAGAAGGAUUAAAAAUAUUGAUAGGCCCUGGAGGGUAUAUUACCGUAAGAAGAGAGGAGGAGAAGAUAGAAUCUUGGAUGCUGACGUGGAGAGUGAAAACUCGAGCUGAGGAGUUUGUUACGAGUCAGUUAUGGCCGUUAGAAGAGAAGAGAGACUGAAGAGUAUAAAUAGUAGUUUGUCUUGUGUUUGUAAUUAGCUUUUGAGUAUUUUGUAAAAGGAUCCUUAGACGUGAGGUCUUGGAUAUUGGCUUGAUUCUCUGAGUGUAGAGAUCAAGAGAGGGAGGUUGGGCAGAACGUUAAUAAAAUACAUACAAUCUCUUAUCAAUUGGCGCGGUGAGCGUCCCGAACAACGCGAUCGAGACGACGAUGACGAGAUUGGAAGAGUCGAUGCAACGGAUCGGAGCGUUGGAUAACACCGUCGACGAGUUACGGCGGCGAUUCGACAGUCUUGAUGAGCGAUUCAAUCGUUUCGUUGCGACGACGGAGGUGAACAAUCAGUCGAAGGAGACGAAGAUGGAUGAGCGAUUCGCGAGUCUCGAGUCGACACUGACAUCUUUCAUCACUUUGAUUCAGCAACAGAAUCCACGAUCUUCGCAACCUGAAUCGAGCGGAGCUAAUCUGAUGCAACCAGAUCCGCAGAACGUGAAUCAGGUAUCGCCUCGUCAUUUUGAACAUUACCGGAGAGAAUCUGAGCUAGGUUAUCGGCCGGUAGAGCAUAGACAUGAGAAUCGAAAAGGCUUGUAUAAGAAGGUCGAGAUGCCGAUCUUUUCGGGUGUCAAUCCAUUUGGUUGGAUAGCUCAAGCUGAGAGAUACUUUCGUGUGAUGCAAUCAACACCAGAGUAUCAAUUAGAACUGGCUUCUUUGAGUCUGGAAGAAGACGCUUUAUGCUGGUUUAACUACGAGAUUGAGUAUGGAGAUUUCAAGGACUGGUUUGACUUCAAGCGGAGAUUGUUAUCAAGAUUUGCAGAGUCCUUUGAGAAGACUCCAGGGAAACGAUUGUUCAGCAUACAACAGACUGGUUCCAUAGCUGAAUAUGUUCGAGAAUUUCAAGAGCUAGCUUCUCAAAUAAAGCUGGCUGAGGCGCACAAGAUUGAUAUCUUUUUCAACGGCUUAAAGAGAGAAAUGAAGGAAGUAAUCAUGAUGAAGGAACCUCAAACCUUAUCUGAUCACAUUCAAGCGGUCAUCAAGAUGGAAGACAGUGAGUUUUGUCGUCUGUUCUCAGGGGGAAAGGUUCACGAGAAUCGACAAGGGAAACAGACAACAAGCUCAGGCUUCAAAUCCUUAGUUACUCCAACAAACCAAGCUUGGACGAACAAGGCUAAGCAACAAGAACCAGUAGCAAAAACGACAAUUCCAGCGGUUAAUACAAAGACUCAAGGAAGAGUGAAGUUAUCUGAUGCUGAGUAUGAACAUAAGAAGAAGAAUGGGAUUUGUUUCUCCUGCGAUGAGAAGUGGACAAGAGCUCAUUACAACAAUUGCAAGAACAGGCAUCUUCAGGUGAUGGUGGUGGCACAAGGUUGUGAAGUAGAGCUGAUAGACGAAGAGUUUCAUGAUUCGUGCGAGGAGCUGCAAGGAACUACCACACAGGUUAUGGAGUUUUCUUUACACUCAUUCAUGGGGUGGUCGUCUCCUACGACUAUGAAGAUUGAGGGACGUAUUGGCAAAUCAAAAGUGGUUGUUUUGAUUGAUAGUGGUGCGACACACAAUUUUCUAUCACCCACAGUUAUGAAAAAAUCUCAACUACAGAUAGAUGAGACAUCAGCAUUUAAGGUGUUAGUCGGUACUGGUAUAACAGUGAAUGGAGCUGGUGUGUGCAGAGGGGUUUCACUACAGCUACAGUCAGUAUUGAUCAAGUCAGACUUCAUAGUGUUGGAUCCGGGAAGUGCAGACGUGGUGUUAGGAGUGCAAUGGCUUCGUACUUUGGGUAAAUGUGAAGUAAACUGGGAAACACAGGUGCUUGAGUUUGAUUCGGCGCAAGGCAGUCACAUUGGUUGGAGACAGAGCUUUACAUACGCAGGUUUCAGCUUUACAGUCGAUCAUUUCGGGUAUAGAUUUACAAAAUGCUGAGUCUCAGUUUUCAGAAAAGGGGUCAUUAGAGAUUCACAUGCCGGAGCAGAUUCAGAACUUGUGAAUCAGUUUGAGUCGAUCUUUCAAGAGCCUACGGAAUUACCUCCUGAAAGAGGUUUCGAACAUAGCAUUCGGUUAAU